AUGUAUCGAAAUAAAUAUUUUAAGGAACAUUUUUUAUAUGUAGAGGAGUUAGAAACGAAAAAUGAUGAAGAUAAAUGUUUAUACAUAGAUUAUGUAAAAAAAUGUUUUAGCUAUUUAUUAAGCCAAAAUGAUGAUUAUAUAAUUACAACAAUAAAAAAAAACAAUUCUUUAUGUUUUUUUUUUUUUUCACAUUUACAAAAAGGGGCUAGAGCAUAUGAUAAUCUAUAUAUUUAUGAUUCUUAUAAGGAAAAUGAAUAUUAUAUAAUAGAUAAAUAUAUAUUAGAGUUUUAUUUAAAAAUAUUAGAAAUAUAUAUAAAUAGUGAUAAAAAUGAAACAAAUAUAAUAAAGCAUACAUUUAUGAAAGUUAACAUAUUUAUGGAUAUAUUAAUGAUGUACCAUAAUUUAGAAAAAAAGAAGAUAAAAGAAUUAUUGGAUAAUUUAUAUAAAAUGACAAAAUUAUACUUUUUUAAUAUAAAUAAAUAUAUAUCAUUACUUUAUGAACAUAUAAAAUAUAUAAAAGAAAAGUUAGACAAAUUUACAACUAAAAAAAGUAAUGUAAAUAAUUUGAUAUUUGAAAUAAAUGAAUUUAUUACCUGUGUAUAUUGUUUUACAAAAUUUUUUAAAAAAUUUUAUCUUUUUGAUAUGGAAAAAAACAAGUUAUCAAAUAAUCUCAUUCUUUCUACUUUACUAUGUUAUGAUAAUAAUGAUAAUAAAAAGGAGCAUCUAAAUACCUUGUCUCUUGAUAUAUUAAAAGAAGGGAAAGAAUCGUUUCUAUAUUUGUUUAUACAAACGUAUUUUGAAAUGAUAAAAAAAAUAUACUGCGGCACUGUGGAGUCACGUGUAAAAAAAGACGUGGUUAUUUUAAGAUACAAAUUUAUAAAAACAUUGAAAAAGUUUGUUAAAUACAGUUUUAUAUAUGAAGAGGAGAAAAAAAAACAUCUUUAUUUUUCAUUUAUAAUUGAUUUAUUAAAAGAAAAAAGUAGUGAAAUAAGUUUUUAUUUUUUAAGAAAUGAUAUAAAAAUAAUUAAAUGGGAUUUCUUAGAACAUUUGGUAUUAGAAAAUAAAUUAGAUAUUGAAUUUUAUAUGUAUGUUAAUAAUAUUUUAAAAAUAAAAAACAAAAAAGAGAUAAAAGAGCUUAUGAAAAAGAAAUAUGAACAUGAAAUUAAUCAAAUUAAGGAAAUAACAAAUUUAAAUAAUUCUAAUGCUAUUUUAAAAAUAUUAAAAAAAAAUAAUUUUAUAAUAGCUAGCACAUUGGAUUAUAUAUUUUCCAUAAUUCCUACACAAAAUUUAGAUGACAUGUCAGAUAAUACUAGUGAAAAUGAUGAAUCCGAAAGUUUACUUGAAAUGAGCAAUUCUGAAAAUGACAUAUAUAAUGAUGAAAAAAUAAACAAUACUACAUUUCAUAAAAAAAAUAAUGAACAUAAUAACAAUCUAACUAAUAAUACGAAAUAUGAAUAUGCUGAUCCUGAAUAUAAUAGAAUUGAACAUGAUAACUAUCAAAAUGUAAAAAAUAAAAAUAAAAAUAUUUUAGAAGUAUUAAAAGAACAAGAAUUAAUGAAAAAACUUAAUAAAAAAAAAAGAGAAAAAUCUAAAUAUAUAAAUGGUAUAAUAGAUGAUGAAUCCAAAAAUAAAAUUCUAACACAAUUAAACAUGUCAGAUAGUUUAGAUAAUGAUUUAUCAAGUAGUUCUUUUGAUAAUUUUCAAAACAAAUUAAUUGAUCCAACAUCUUAUAGACGAAAUUAUAGUGUGUCUGAUGAGGAGGCUGAUAUUGAAAAAUCUGAUCAUGGUCAGGAUCAGAAUAAAAAUAUUCAACCAGCUCAAAUUACACAAAACAAAGCAUAUGUUAAUAAAAAUAAAAAAUUUAUACCACCUAAUAAUUUUAAAUUUAAAGAUCCGAAAUCCGGAGAUUUUCCACAAAAAAAAAUACCACCAAAUGAGCAAAACAAUGCAAAUGACGACAAAACGAAACGAUACUAUAUGAAAAAGAAUACGAACAAGGGCCGGUUUCGCAGAAAUCAGUAUGACAAAAAAAUGGGGAAGGGUAUGUUUUAA